UGACAAUGACACUGUCAAACAGUUGAAGCACUUUUCACAGAAACAUAUUUCAAAUGGAUGAGAAGCAGUCGCUGAGGUUAAGCCCGGGUUCAAACGGCACCCAGGUCAAAAAAGGCACUGCCACCCAGGCCAGGGGUGAGCAGUCGGGGCUGGGGGCCAGUGUUGGUGCCCAGUCAAGCCUGGCUCUGAAUCCAAGCACCAGGAGACCAGAGGAGGCUGGAGACCAGGCUGCCACCCAUCCCCAGAAAAAGAAGUGUAAGAAGGAAAGAUGCAAACCACGAAAGAUGAAAAGAGGGGUAUAUUUAAUGCCAUUAAAGCAGUAUAAAGCAUAUACCCCUGGAUCCCAAAGGACAUGCAGACCUCUUCUGCUAUUCGAAGUGCGUAAAAGGCACAACACUAAGCCAACCAAGCCAACCCUCCCAACCAAGCCAACCCUCCCAACCAAGCCAACCAUCCGGCCUCUGCUCAUCCAUGGCCUGAGUGUCAAUGAGUACCGGGCCAUCUACAAUACAGUGGUGGAGCCAUUCGCAAGCACUGCUAGUACAUUGUCAUCAGAUAGUCACUCCCAAGGCAUAAACUUAAAGGAGAGACUGUGGCUCACACUGGACAGACCAAAGCUUGAGGAGGUGGUCCACAAAGACGGUCGUGUGGAAAUCCUAGAAACGUUUAUCUCCGUUUUUUAGCCAUAGACAUCAAGUCUGAAACAGCAGAGAGCUCAGGUGGGGCCCAUACCCAAAGUGACUGUGCGUCUGGCUGUCCUCCCAUCCCUUAUCCACAAUAUGUGUGUUAAACAAAAACUCUACUUUGAAAUAUUAAACUGAAUUCCCUUC